GAACUCUAAAUACUGUAUUUUGUCAUUAGCUGGCUUUAUCAUACGGGUGUGAGAAUUUCCCUUCCCAGCUAAAGGCAGGCAUUGAAAUAAUACACAUACAUUUUGGGAGACAUUUCCAGGGGUGUGUAUUAUACCCUAUUAACUGAGCAUUAAGAGGAUUCCAGGUGUAUCUGCCUUGUAACUUACCUGGAGAGUACCCUGCAUGUGGACAGUGCUGAGGGGGCAUUGUUACCCCACCACCGGCUAAGGGGCACCUGGGUGACUCAGUUGGUUAAGUGUCCGACUUCGGCUCAGGUCAUGAUCUCACAGUUGAACCCCCCGGGAGGAGGCUGACUAUUCUACCUCUUGUGGCCAUAAUGCUGACUGCCCGCCUCUUCAGACCCCUGUCACAACUCCCAGGGAAAACCCUGAGUUUGUGUGAUAGAGAAAAGGGAACAAGACGCAUGCUGCUGCUUUACUCCGCCUCCCCUGUCCCUGUCAGCCUGCGCACUUACUCUGAUGAGGUGAACCCGGUUGGCAGCAAAGCUGUCCUGGUCACAGGCUGUGACUCGGGAUUUGGGUUCUCGUUGGCCAAACAUCUGCAUUCAAGAGGCUUCCUUGUGUUUGCUGGCUGCUUGAUGAAGGACAAAGGAAAUGAUGGGGUCAAGGAGCUGGACAGCUUGAAGAGCGAUCGACUAAGAACCGUUCAGCUCAAUGUCUGCAAAAGUGAGGAAGUGGACAAAGUGGUGGAGAUUGUCCGCUCGAGCCUGGAGGACCCUGAGAAAGGCAUGUGGGGCCUGGUCAACAACGCGGGCAUCUCGACUUUCGGAGAGGUGGAGUUCACCAGCAUGGAGACCUACAAGGAGGUGGCAGAAGUGAACCUCUGGGGCACGGUGCGGAUGACAAAAUCCUUUCUGCCCCUCAUCCGAAGGGCCAAAGGUCGCAUUGUCAACAUCAGCAGCAUGCUGGGCCGCAUGGCCAACCCAGCCCGCUCCCCAUAUUGCAUCACCAAGUUCGGGGUGGAGGCUUUCUCUGACUGCCUGCGCUACGAGAUGUACCCGCUGGGCGUGAAGGUCAGUGUGGUGGAGCCUGGCAACUUCAUUGCUGCCACCAGCCUCUAUAGCCCUGAGCGGAUCCAGGCCAUUGCCAAUAAGAUGUGGGAAGAACUGCCUGAGGUGGUGCGCAAGGACUAUGGCAGGAAGUACUUUGAUGAGAAGAUCGCCAAGAUGGAGACCUACUGUAACAGUGGCUCGACAGACACAUCCCCUGUCAUCAAGGCCGUCACCCAUGCUCUGACCUCUACCACGCCCUACACUCGCUACCACCCCAUGGACUACUACUGGUGGCUUCGAAUGCAGAUCAUGACCCACUUGCCUGGAGCAGUCUCCGACAGGAUCUACAUACACUGAAGAGUUUCCCACUGGCCUCUGUUGGGGAGCCCUGGUGGGAGGGAAGGAGGGAGGGGGGGAGGGAGGAAGGAUCUUGACUACCUACUUGUGCAUUAUCCACACACAGUCUCAGGAGGACCUACCACCCGUUUUAGCAUUAGCCAGAGGGGACAGCCCAGACCUACUUGUGCGCACAACGAGUGGUCUGGGCCUUCGCAGUCAUGGUAUGGAGUGGUGUGCAGGGCCCCCAAACCUCAGGGCAAACACGGUACAUCCAACUCUCUGGAGCUGAUUUCAUACAAAGCGUUUGGGAAGACAUGUUUAUAUUAAAAACAGAUUUAUUAUC